AUGCGUACGAUACAUAGUAGAGUAAAUUGGUAUUCUAGUUAUUUUGUUGAUAUAGAUGUAAAUUUGCAGGAACCUGAUUUUUUUCUUUUGGACGAGCCUACAAGUCACCUUGACCUCGAUAUAAUUGAGUGGCUUGAAGGGUAUCUCAACAAGCAAGAUGUUCCAAUGGUCAUUAUAUCCCACGAUAGAGCUUUUCUAGAUCAGCUGUGCACAAAGAUUGUGGAGACUGAUAUGGGUGUUCCCAGGACAUUUGAGGGUAAUUAUUCUCAGUAUGUUGAGGCGAAUGCAUCAUGGGUUGAAUCUCAAUAUGCUGCGUGGGAGAUGCAACAGAAGGAGAUUGAGCAGACAAAAGAUUUGAUAAGCCGGUUAGGUGCUGGGGCAAAUUCUGGUCGUGCUUCUUCUGCUGAAAAGGUACGAUUGAGAAGGAUUUAUUCCUGAAAUAUAUUCCAUUUCAUUUUCUAGGAAUGCAAGCUGUCUGCUUUGGCCA